CUCGCGGUCUCCAAAACAAGGCCACAAAGCCGCAACCGCCCACGCGCCGGACCGAACGCCAAGCGAGGGAGGGGGAGCGCAGAGCAGACGAGGCGAUCUCAUCCUGUGGAUUCGCCUGCUCCAUCGGUUGCAUAGGCCGCCGCCGGGCGCCCGCGCGGCGCUCAUCACGCCCGCCCCCCCACGCAGUUAUCUGUCUUGUAGGUGAAGGUUAAUCCUCAAACACUUCAAGAUGGGCGAGGGACAUGAAGCUGACAAGAACAUUGAGAUCUGGAGGGUCAAGAAAUUAAUCAAGGCGCUUGAUGCUGCUAGGGGCAAUGGCACUAGCAUGAUUUCUCUCAUCAUGCCGCCUCGUGACCAGAUUUCACGUGUCACUAAGAUGCUGGGUGAUGAGUAUGGAACUGCCUCGAACAUCAAGAGCAGAGUCAACCGUCAGUCUGUCUUGGCUGCCAUAACCUCAGCUCAACAGAGGUUGAAGCUUUACAAUCGAGUUCCCCCCAAUGGUUUAGUGCUUUAUACUGGAACAAUUGUCACUGAUGAUGGCAAAGAGAAGAAGGUAACCUUUGACUUUGAGCCAUUUAGGCCCAUUAACGCUUCCCUGUAUCUCUGUGACAACAAGUUCCACACUGAGGCACUGAAUGAGCUCCUGGCGUCUGAUGAUAAAUUUGGUUUCAUCGUCAUGGAUGGCAAUGGAACAUUGUAUGGCACCCUGAGUGGCAACAGCAGGGAGGUUCUUUACAGGUUCAGUGUUGAUCUCCCAAAGAAGCAUGGGCGAGGAGGGCAAUCUGCAGUCCGCUUUGCCCGCCUGCGCAUGGAGAGGCGACACAAUUACCUGCGCAAAGUUGCUGAGCUUGCGACACAGUACUUCAUCAAUCCUGCCACCAAUCAGCCAAACAUUGUUGGGCUUAUUCUUGCUGGUUCUGCUGACUUCAAGACCGAACUGGGAAAAUCAGAGAUGUUUGAUCCGCGUCUGCAGGCCAAGGUUCUCAAGAUGAUUGAUGUGUCCUAUGGAGGGGAAAGUGGCUUCAACCAAGCCAUUGAGAUAUCUGCCGAGGUUCUUUCUAAUGUUAAGUUUGUCCAAGAAAAGAAGCUGAUCGGGAAGUACUUUGAGGAGAUAAGCCAAGACACAGGAAAGUAUGUCCUUGGUGUGGAUGACACCAUGACAGCCCUGGAAAUGGGAGCGGUAGAGACACUGAUUGUGUGGGAAAACCUUGAUGUCAGGCGGUAUGAACUAAAGAACAGCGCCACUGGAGAAACAGUUGUGAAGUAUCUGAACACCACACAGGAGGCUGAUCAGCGCAACUUCACUGAUGAGGCAACAUCCGGAGAUCUUGAGGUCAUCGACAACACGCUACUGCUGGAGUGGUUUGCUGAGAACUACCACCAGUUUGGCUGCUCGCUGGAGUUUGUCACCAACAAGUCCCAGGAAGGUUCUCAGUUCUGCCGGGGAUUUGGCGGGAUUGGUGGGAUCCUCCGCUACCCAGCUGAUGUCACUGCCUUCCAGGAAGGUGAUGACUUGUCUGACGGGGAGUAUGACGAAGACUUUGAAUAGCAAUCAACCGAAACUCAAGUGAACGCGGUCCGAGAGGAGCCUGUGCUGGCCCGGGCCGCGCCGGGACGGGAUGACCCUGAAACAUCCAAACGAUCGGUGCAAGGAAACCAUGGAGGAGCUGGUGGAGGGAAGAAGGUCUAAGCAACUAGAAUCUGCAAGCAUGGUGACAUUAGUGCUUUGGAGAUGGUGUCUUGCUCUGUUGAUCCGAGCUUGGAGUCUGGUGAUGUUACUACGAAGCAGACAUGGAUGGUGGUGCCUUCUGAGUUCUGAUGAUGCUCCAUGAGGAGAGAUUAUUAGUAUAAUCUACUAUUGUCUUCUCAGUAAUGAGUCAGUGUCAGUGCAGUAUGGUCAAUAAAUUUCAGGUGAGAAACGCUAGUUCGCGUGGUCUCGUUGUCUGGUAUGAGCUGCUUCAUUGCCGAUGCAGCUGGUUUUUAUUUCCUGAACUGAGGUCGUGGUGUGUUUGAACUUGUCAUGGUGUGCUACACAGGGGUCUCUGCAUUGCAACGCUUAUGACGUGCAUGGUAUCUAUUAAGUGAACCAGUCUUACUAUUUUAUUGAUCGUGCCCGUGUUAUUA